AUGAGGUUGUCGACCUUGGGUGAUGGUUUACGAACUCGCAUCGAACUUCAGGUUGCCGAGUCCAGCUCGCGUCAAGUUGUGACUGUGAGCAUCGAUGACUGCGACACUGCCGUGGCAGUAGGUCAUGGGGAUCGAGUGGGCGGUUACUACUGUGCAAAUACUACCACGAAGCAACUGCCGCCGAGAUGUGCGAGUCACCGUGCGACCUGCAACAGGUUCCUGGACCUGACAGGGCCUCUGCAGGUGGGAGGUCUCCCCUCGCUCCCCGAAGGUCGUCGUGUGCAGCAGCAGGACUUCUUCGGCUGCAUCGCUGACCUCUACAUCGACCAUAAAUUCAUAGACCUUAACUCGUUCGUCGCGGACAACGGAACAUAUCCAGGCUGUCCGGAGAAGCAGCGCUUCUGUCAGUCUCACCCCUGCCAGAACGGUGGCACCUGCCACGAGACUUUCGGCACCUACGUCUGCGACUGCUUGCCGGGCUGGGGUGGCAAGGACUGCUCCAAUGCCGUUGACCUCGUACGUCAGUUGGACGGUGAUGGUUUUCUGAUGUUUUCCCCGGCGCUGGAGCAAGUGGAGCUGCCGUGGCUCUCCAGCCUCGGGUUCAGGACCCGACAGAGUGCAGGGUUGCUCAUGAGGGUCGCGCUAGGGCCUGGUGCUAUCAGUGCACUCGAGAUUGUAGGAGGAGUGCUGCAGUACAGCUACGGCAACACCACCGUGCGCAUCACUGAAGCCCAGGUGGAUGAUGGAAAAUGGCACAACGUGGAAGUAAAAUGGAUGCCUGGAGAAGUGUGGAUAAGCUUGGAUUACGGAGACCACGAGAUGACUCGGCGCUCCGCUGAAAAAGUUUCAGGACAUUACAUUGACAAGAUAAGCGUUGGGGGCGUUGAAGCCAGCGACAACGUGGAUGUGACGUUCUUCAAAGGUUGUGUAAAGGACGUAAAAAUGGGAAGUCCCCGGAGCGUGGCGUUAGUGCCCAGCUUCGAGGGCGGCGUGAGCGAAGGCUGCUCGUCUCCUGACGCGUGUCGCACCAACCCUUGUCCUCUGAGCAGCAUUUGUAAGAGUUCGUGGCACAGCUACGAGUGUGACUGCAACAAGGGAUAUUAUGGCACCCGCUGUGUCGAUGUCUGCACCUUGAAACCCUGCCAGAACAACGGCACUUGCGUGCUUGAUGUCGACUCGAGACGUGGCUACCGAUGUGACUGCAGGAACACCAAGCAUGCUGGGGAAUACUGUGAGGUGGCCGAAGCUAAGCCCUGCCCCAACACGUGGUGGGGCUACCCAGUGUGUGGCCCCUGCAACUGCGACGUCGAGAAGGGCUACGCUGGCGAGUGUAACAAGAGCACCGGCGAGUGCCGCUGCGAGACUAACCACUACCAGAAGAAAGACUCUGACUGGUGCCACCCCUGCGACUGUUACCUGGAAGGGUCGCUGUCGAGCAGCUGCGACCAGCAGACGGGACAGUGCCAGUGUCGGCCGGGCGUCAUAGGGCGGCGCUGCGAUCAGUGUGCUAACCCCUUUGCUCAGGUCCACAUCUCUGGCUGCCAGAUUGUUUACAACGGGUGUCCCAAGAGCUUCCACUCCGGGGUGUGGUGGGGGGAGACAGUUUUCGGGGGGAGUGCGGUGCAGCAAUGUCCCCCGGGGGCUGAUGGCCAGGCUAGCCGCUACUGCGACCAGGACGUCGGCUGGGCGCUGCCCGACAUGUUCAACUGCGUCAGCCAGACAUUUGCACAACUCAAGGAUGUGUUGGCUCAAGUGGAGGACGGUCGGCUGUCCGUGUCGAGUUACGUGGCCAUCAAGGUAGCGUCGGACCUGAACAACGCGUGCUCGGCCACGCCUGAGAUGUGGGGCUCAGAUGUGCUCAUCACAUCCCGCCUCCUCAUCCUCUUGCUCGAACACGAGACCACACAACAAGGGCUCAACCUCACACAUCGUCAGGAUAAACAUUAUAUUCAAAAUUUAAUGGAGUCCGCCAGUAUCGUGAUGCAGCCAAAGUAUGCAUCGCACUGGCACCGCAUCAACGGCCUGCAGGGUUUCGGGGCAGACGCUCUUCUUCUUCAGCUCGAGAAAUACUCGGAGACGCUCGCAGCCACGCAGGGCGACACGUUCACGCAACCUUUUGAGGUCCCAACCAAUAACAUCGUGUUCGGCAUGGACACGGUGAGCGCCUCAGAGUUGUACGGGACUCAGUCCAAGGUGCUUAUGAUGGGACAUGAUCAGCCCAUAUCACGUGUCACUAUCCCUGAGGAGGCUGACCUCAUGGACCAUGACUUCCCUUUGGAGGGAGAAAAAUCGUCCGUGAUUGUCCCUAAGUACAGCAAUUACUUGAAGAACCAACAGCGAUGGGCGCACGGAUCUUCUGCCCGCAUUCCUCUUGAGCUGCUGAAACUUCCUGACGUCCAGAGAGGAGACAAGUCAUCAAGUUCCCAAAUGCACUCAUCCAGGGCGGUAGUGAGUUAUAUUAUCACCCGUUCAAUGGGCACGUUACUUCCCAAUGCCUUUGACCGAUCAGUGGAACAGCGCUGGGGAGUAGGUCUGUCCCCCAGGGCGCCGGUGAUAACGCUGGCUGUCCGCACCCACAGCGAUGACCAGGAAAAUGAAGGCCAGCUUCUUAAAGGAGAAAUAUUUUUACCUGUCCGGCUGCAGUUCAGGCUCGAAGGCGUCGGAAAAAGAGCCAAUCCUCAAUGCGUUACUUGGAGCGUUGAUAGCAGUGGGGAAGGAGUUUGGAGUCGCCGAGGCUGCCAUACGAGUCGGCCGCUGGAAGGCGUUGGCUUGUACAGCAACAGCUCCUUCGUGAACUGCACCUGCACGCAUCUCUCCAGCUACAGCGUCCUGCUGAACGAUGCAGAAGCUGAGUUCCUGGCUGAACCGUCGGUGGCGGAAGACAUCACGACGUACACUGGACUGGUGCUGUCCCUGAUCUUCCUGUCGCUGGCGUUCAUCUGCUUUUGUCUGCUGGGCCGCGAGGCCACCAACAGCAACAGCAUCCACAAGAACAUCACCGCGUGUCUCUUCCUGGCACAGCUUCUCUUCCUUGUGGCAUUGAAAACUCGACACUCUCUCGUGCAUCUUGAUUUCCCGUGCAAGAUGGUGGCAAUAGGCCUGCACUACUUCUGGAUGUGCGUGUUCACGUGGCUGCUGAUCGAGGGCGUACACCUCUACCGCAUGCUCGUCGAGAUGGGCGUCAUCAACCUGGGGCCCAUGCGCUACUAUUACUCAGCGGGCUACGGCUUCCCGGCCGUCAUCGUGGGGCUGUCCGUCGGGGUGCGCUCCGAUCAGUACGGCAACUACUUCUUCUGUUGGCUGAGUAUCUACGAAGGCGUGGUGUGGGCGAUGGUUGGCCCCAUCACUGCUCUGGUGGCCAUCAUCCUGCUGGUGUUCUUCCUGGCCAUCAAAGCGUCCAUCACCGUCAGCAGCAACAAGGCCGUUGUCCACACCAAGUCCAUCAGUGACACCAAGACCAUUAGGACCUUGUUAUGGGUAGGACUUCUUUUCCUACCUCUGCUGGGGGCGACGUGGGUUUUGUCAGUGUUGUCGGUGUCAGAAGACCUCGAGAUUCUCCACUACAUCUUCUCGUUGAUGUCAGUGGCGACUGCUCUGUACAUCCUCAUUGGGUAUUGCCUCAUCAACGGCAUUGCGAGAAGCUCUCUGCACGGCAUCAUCACCACGGGCAAGACAUACGGCAAGACUGCGACUGUCACUCGCUCUUCCAUGAGCUCCCGGUCAACAUUCCCCUACAAAGACACGUUCAACGUUAACCGCCGUAACAUCGGCAUCUCGACGGCAUCUACAACGUCGCGUUCGACGUGCAAAACGUCAUCUUCUCCCUACAGCCGCAACGAAAAUGACGUAACGUUGGCCGGCAACCCGGUGACGUCGAGCAACCACAGCAACAGCAACACCGACGUCAACUCGCAGAGCGUCAAGUCGCCUUACGCUUUCAAUGACUCAACAACUUUCCACAGAAAGAAAUCUCGCGGCGAGCGCCGAGGAAGCGAGAGUGAGAGCGAGCUGAGUCUGGAGCAGCAGGCGAGCAUGGAGCUCGCGUCGUCGCACUCCAGCGAUGAGGACACCACCGUGCACAACGGCUCCUUGCGGGUCACGGACUGGCGCACUAAUCCUGCUCCGCCUGUCCCUCCGAAGCCCUCAGCAUCGUACCUGCCGAACAUUUACGACCUGGACCACGGCGCCCCAGACGAUGGGGAGGCCAUGGGCCCCCAACUGAUGCCCCCAGACCUCCCUCCCACAACAUGUGCUGCAGACCCUGAUGUCACCGUUGCAGGGGCUUCCCCCUCCCUCAGACACAACAUCAGACCGGUGUACGCGCAGCACUGGUCUUCUCAGCUGCCACCAGCCUUCCCCUCACUUUACAAACCAGCUGGAGGGGACGGACCGGUGACGUCACCCCUGUGGGGGGGCAGCGUGGCGGGGGAGCGGUUGUCCACAACCACGGCGUCCGACAACGAGCUUACGGACGGCGGGGGUGGUGGAGACAACCUCAGGGUUGAAAACAGACCCCUGCACCGAUACAUGGACCAGUCGCGGCCUCAGUACUCCCCAGUCACGGCUGAUCCCCUCUACGGAACCUACUCCCCAAACUCCAGUAAACGUCACUUCUCCCCAGACGUCAAAAAGUUCCCCACGAUGGACACAAAGCGCUAUUCCCCUGUAGUAAAUAAAGGCUACCCCUCAGACCCUCUCUCUAACAUGUACAGUCAUGAUGCCAAGUCACAACAGCGAUCGCAGAACAAUUUGGACGCUUUAAUGUUACGCAGCGAAUCUCGAGCAAGUCGAGGGAGUGUGGACAGUGAACGGAGAAAAUAUUCCCCUCACCAUCCUCUACAGGGGUCACCUCGCCUCGAGACAGGUGGCACCCCUCAGUCCCAAAAAAGAUAUCUCCACAACCUCAUGGAAGACCCGAGCCCUGAGGCAUUACCAGCUCCCGUGGUCACGUCAAUGGCCACAUCGACCAGCAGCAGCAGCAACAACAGCAACGCUAAUGUGAACGAGGUCAACAACUUGGACAUAUCUCCCUCCGACAUACCUCCUCAACACCCUCCUCCCUCUAUACCUACACCUUCCUCAUCCUCGUCGUCAGAACUCUACGGACAUGCACUCCCUGCUCGGUCCACUCCCUCCUUCAUACCCCCAACCACGACCUCCUACUACCCCCCUUCCUCCCUUUCAUCCACUCUACUUUCUAGUCACCGAAUCCCGCCUCUCACCGCUGGGCUGUCCGAUUCCGAGUGAGUGUUGUGGUGGCCCCGGCUUCGACUUCGUGCUUGCUGCUUUUAUGCCAACAGCCUUGUUCGUUCUAACCAUUGCCUGAAUUCAAAUUUUAAUUCGCUCAUUACUUACAUUCCUGGUUUUUAGUGUCUGAAAAUAAAAGUAACUAAAAGAUUCUUUGGUUAGGUUAGAAACGAGACAGAUUUUAACCCUUCCGUCAUUAUUGGAACCACUUCUGGAUUUGAACGUAGAUUGUGAAGGGCAAAACGACUGUGUAGAUGCAACUAUCUCUGUUAAACAUCUGUAAAAAGAAUACUAAUUCAAUUCAAGCCUUUCCAAUCUUCGUGAAAUCCUUUUGGGCUCCGAGUUUACUAUUAAUACCUACAAUUAGAAUGCUGUUUUCAUCACCUUACUUUCAAAGUUGAGUUUUCUCUUCACGAAAACUAGUUUGUCUUGAAAUAACCUCGUUUUCUAUUGUUCCCGCUAUGCUUGUUAACUAAUUUGUAAUUUUUGAAGCUUAUGCAGAGUUUAACAUAAAUAUAUAUUGAUGGUUUAUAUCAUUUUACUUAUCGUUAAUAAACUCUCGCCACAGUUAAGGUACAUUCUACUAUAUAUUUCAUUUGGUUUGUCUAGUUAGCAUCUCGAUAUCGAGAUGGUUUUACACAUAUGGAUGAACAGGUUUGAGUUUCUUGUGUUACCGCGUCCUUUUCUCGUUUUUAGCUUGAAUUGUUUAAAUAACUUGAUGCAUUGUAUGCUUCCUGCUGUAUGGGGGUGGGUGGGUGACAUGCUGACUGCAGAAUGAGGUGUCAGACAACAUUGACUGUCGUGUGUGCAUGAGUGCUGUGUAAUGAGUGUAAUUGCUGUUAGUAAACAUCUAUCAAAACAGACCGCAGUCGUGGUACACUUAGUCCAAGUACCAUUACGACGACACAAAGAUCAACUAACAAUUGACUCUCAGUGUGGCUUAAAUCAACAGCAGCUAUGUAUAUGCCGUUAUUGCGAUACAACACAGUUCACAGCCAGUUCAAAUUACCAAUAAUUAAAGCCUGGCAUAUUUUCAGAUCGCAGGGAUCAAAAAUAUCUUCGAAAUAGAGUGGUUAUUACAGGAAUAUUGUAACCACGGACAGUCGAGAUUAUGUGAGCCAUUGCUAGUUAUUUUAACCUCUCUAUCGCAUUUUAAGCCUACUGUCUCAAUGUUCUCUGCACGCUGCAUGUUGGAAUAACCUCAAAAAGCUUCAUCUUUAUUUUCUGAACACGGUAAUUUGUAAAGAACUG